AUGCUCGUGCGCUUACUCGCCUUGCCUGCAUUGGCACUGCUCGCCGUCGCCCAGUCGGUCCCGCAGAUCCUCGUCUACACCAAAACCGCAGGCUACUACCACGAGUCGAUCCCGACCGCGAGCGCCGCCAUCGUCCGCAUCGGCACCGACUCGGGCCAGUUCAACGCGACCGUGUCCAACGACGACACGCUCUUCUCGGACGACGGCCUCGCGCCCUUCAAGCUCAUCGCGUUCCUGUCCAACUCGGACCAAAUCCUGACCGAAGCCGGCGAGGCGGCCCUCACAAGGUGGCUCGCGACGACCGGCGGCAGCUUGGCCGGCUUGCACCCUGUUGCCGCCUGCCCAUCACCGACACGGCUUUAG